UUUAUUUGUUGCUAUAAACAACGUUUGUAAAGGGUGUUUGUAAAACUCGCCGUCGGAGUGAAAUGUUCAAGAAUACAUUUCAAAGUGGAUUUCUUUCAAUACUUUAUAGUGUUGGCAGUAAACCUCUCCAGAUAUGGGAUAAAAGCGUAAUGAAUGGACAUAUAAAAAGAAUAACAGACAAUGAUAUACAGUCACUUGUGUUAGAGCUGAUGGGAACUAACGUCAGCACCACAUUCAUCACUUGUCCGGCGGAACCUAAGCGAAGUUUAGGCAUUAAGUUACCAUUCCUUGUGAUGAUUAUUAAGAAUCUAAAGAAAUAUUUCACCUUUGAAGUCUUGAUUUUAGAUGAUAAGAAAAUUAGGCGGAGAUUUCGAGCUAGCAACUAUCAGAGUACCACUCGUGUAAAACCUUUUAUUUGUACCAUGCCAAUGCGCUUGGAUGAAGGAUGGAACCAAAUUCAGUUUAACCUUUGUGACUUCACAAGACGCGCCUAUGGAACUAAUUACGUCGAAACGCUGAGAGUACAAGUGAGUAUUUUAUCAAUAGCAUUAGUAGUUAGUAUAUGAAAACGGUUAAUGAAGCUGUUGUUAUAAAACAUGCAUUUCCGGAUUCACAGUUUUCAACAUCAGAAGAUAUGGGCCCAGAUGUAACCCGAGUCCUGGGCCAUAGAUCGUUGUUGAUUUUAACGCUUUUAAAAUUUUUACCAUAGUAUUGAUUUUUACCACUAAAGCCAUUUUAUGUUAUUUUGCGACGAAUGAUGAUUUAUUAAAGAAAACUAAUGUUUUCUGUAAUUUUGCGUAGUCAGAUUACUCAAUAUUCUGCUGUAGGUUGGCGUUAAAAUGCAGCUAAAUAUUGAAAAACACUAGUGUGAAUUGAUGUCAUAUAUACAUACCAGACCUUGCAACUAGUUUCGUCGCUGAUUCAAAUGAACCUUUCUGGUGGUAUAAGUUAAUCUCAAUGUUAUUUGUGAAAAUUCAAACCAUUAAAGCAUUUACAUCUCAUUAGACAGUUACAAAGGAGCUUAGUUAUCUCCUCGAUAACUGUUUACUUUUGAAUUUGUGUAAUGUUACCAUCUUUUAGAUUAUUUGGAUAUUGACAAUUUUGGUGGUAACUUUUCAUGUAUGUAAAACACUCAGAGAACUAAUUAUCAUACAAUUUUUGUACAAAUGUUUUCGAUUGACAAGCUAGCCUAAAGGCUAGCUAGACAAAUAAUAUGAUUCAUGCAUAGCAAUUUUAACACUGUGCCAAAAGCAUUUAGAUAGCAGUUUAUACUUUCUGUCUAGAACUAAUAAUGUGUUUACGAACACAAGUGAGCAAUCGUAGUUCGGAGUAAUAGUUUAGGCCUUAAAGCCACCCAGCCUAUUUUUCCUUGUGUAUCCAGAAUAUGUUGAACAAUUGAAUCUAAGCUCAAAGCUCGGAAUGUUUGCUCAAAAUCCUUAAAUUAUCUCUGAAAACGUUUAUAUUUAGCCGUAUAUUUAAUUACAAUAAAAAUAAUCUUCAACGUCUAAAAUCAUCAAAAUAAUUUCUGCAAAAACGAAAUGACUAAAAGCAUUCAGAAAUGUUAAGCAUCACAACAAGAGAAAUUGCAGGACAAUAUCAGUUAUUCAAAUUCGUUAUUUGUAAAUGCAAUGCGUUAAUGGCUAACAUAAAUUUAUGGCAGACCAAUGUUUAACAAUUUGAAAAGAUUGUCAGUUUUUUGCUGUUACGCAAAUUUUCAUGGUUUAAAUCAUGCAGCUCCUGAGGUCUAUAUACAUAUGAGGGGUUCUGAAUGCACAUUGCUGAGGAGUUUCACGAUAGGACAAACGGCUAUACAAUCCUUCCUGGUUUUCAAAGGUCGCUUAGAUAAAAUGAGUUCGUGAUGUAAACCAAAGAAAUUUCACAUAUCAAUCUACACGAAUAAUGUAUAAUCGUUGUUAAGUGCCAACAUAAUGUAUUAGUGUUUAAAAGUUUGCUCAUUGUAUCUCUAAUACUAUGCGUUUUGCGGUGUUGGAUGAUCUUAGUAUCAUUUUUUGACACAAAAGAAUAGCUCAUCUGCAGCUGCUAUUAUUGUUUUUAGCCAACUACAAUCUCUAGUAACUUGUCUAAAGAUACUUCCAAGCUUGAUCAAGUGACCUGAUGAACGAAUAGUUUGCCCCUUUGCUAAACAGACUCGCUAAACGCAGUUUGAGGUAAUUCUCCAAUUUCAUUAUAGUCUGCGCUAAUGGAUAACUUUGACAGGAGUUAUUUUUGGUUUAGGUUAUUUUUGCUAACUGAUCGAGCUGAUUUAUUUAAAAUUUAAUUUAUAAAAAAUAAUAAAGUAUACCCCAGUUUUUCUCGGAUCAGCACAAGCGUAUCGCUAACACAUAUGUAUUGUGCUUCAUAUCAUCAUCAACAGGUUCAGUACACAUCAGUUGGUAGCUGAUGACGUUUAAGUACAGUUAUAUUACUUUUGUCGUCCUCUUAUGCCGGUUUAUUCCUGGAUGUAGAAAGAAGGCAGACUUUUUCAACAAGUAUCUUUCUAAUAUGAAGUUCAAAAUAGUAAGAUAUUAUCAAUUAGUAGUUAUAUUUGAUUGAUAUUGAUGUUUCCUUUUUUGCAUCGUACGACUAAGGGUCUGUUUGGAUUUGUUAACAAGUGAAUUUAUGGUGCUAAACUAUGAGAUUACUGAAGUCCAAAUUACCCCAAUUUCAGAAGCUGUCAUUUAGAAUCUUUGAAUAGUAAAGGAGCUAAGUUCAUACUGGAUAUAUCAUGCAAACAGUGUUGUCGGAUCACUCUGGGAAAUCAAUCAACACUACAAAGAUUCAUAAUGAAAGUAAUAUGUUAUUAUGAGUUUGGAAAUAAGCUCAAAGGAUUGUACUUUAUAGAGUCGUCACUAUUCUUGGAUACCAAGAUAUUAAAGUUUUACUAAAUUGUCGCUUUCCCGACACAGAAUAGACAAAUAAUCUAAAUGACGAUAGUUUUUAUUUACUUAUAGCUCUUCUUUAUAUAUAUGGAUCUUUUUGGCAGAAUAUGCCAUCUCUGGCGAAUAGUAAUUGGAAUCCACUUUGAGUUGUGUUGUAUUAAUUAUUGGUGUCAGUGAUAUUGAUAGAAUAAAAUGAGGCUUUACAGAUGAACGUCAUUAGUACAAGGCUUAACAAGUUUCACGCUAGUAUUGUCGAAGACUGGGUAUUAAAUAAACAUGAAAAACAAUAAAAACGAUAAACAUAUAGUGUGAAAGAUAUUGAAUGACAGGAGGCUUCCAUAUCGUGAGGGGAGAUGGAGUCUAAGUUUAUUUUUUGUUAGCAGACUUCAGUAAUAUCAUUCAACUUCUUGAACUGUUGAUUAUGCUGACAUUUAAGUACUCAUUGAGGGUCUUGUAGCUGGCUGCAAUAAACUUAUCAUUGAUGCCAAAUUUGUUUGCUCUAAAAUGUCUAUGUUUAUAAAGAUAUAAAUAUAGUGGUUUUCAUAUUUUAGAUUCAUGCCAACUGUCGCAUACGCAGAGUCUACUUUUGUGAUCGGUUGUAUUCAGAAAGCGAGCUACCCCCAGAGUUCAAAUUGUAUCUUCCAGUUCAACAAAAAGUAGCUGCUUCUUGAUCUUGAGAGAAGGCAUUGAGAAAUACAUAAAAAACAACAUAAUAGGAUGUUCAUUUAAUGCCUGUGUGAAACUUAUUUGUAAAAUGAGCCAAGUAAAUAAUAACUCAGAUAAAAAUAUUUUC